UGAUAAUUAUCAGGUUAUUGGUUCGAUAGUUUCAAAUAAUUCAAAGAGAUCAGAUUUAAAUUUAAGGUUUCAAAUGCUGACAGUUUCAGGAUUUUCGGUUAUAAUUGAGGAUAUUGAUAACAAAGAGACAUCAAAGGAAACAACCGAAAAUGAUUUAACGAUCUAUUGGCUAUUGAUCGGAAAACCACUUUAUGUCAAAUAUUUUAGCAAAAAAACCAGAGGUACACGAAUUUUAACCGGCACAAUCGGCAUUACACUUUCAUGUAAACAAAAAAUUUAUGAGAUUGAUAUUAAGAAAGAAAUGGAAAAAGUAGGAUUGCUAUCAUUAUCACCGGAUUACAUGGUUGCAGCCUCAUUUAAAUUUCUUUCACCAAAUUUUAAUCCUAAAUUUCAA